AUGAACGUAAGGUUUCUCGUUCUUGUUUCUAUUGUGCUUUUGUUGCUUUUGUCAGGGACAUGUGCCGUUGGUGGCAACGUUUAUGUGAGGUGCAUAGAGAAGGAAAGACUCUCACUUCUCUCUCUCAAGCAGGGUUUUAUCGAUCGCUAUGGCAACCUUUCCUCUUGGGGUUAUGGCGAGAAUCAGAAAGAAUGUUGCAACUGGACAGGUGUUCACUGUGACAGCCUAACUGGUCAUGUAGUUGGACUUGAUCUCUCUUUCUGCGAAUUGGAAGGGCCACUACCUGAUUUUUCACAACUCUUGUCUCUGCAACGUUUGUAUCUUGAUCACAAUCAGCUAAAUGGAACUCUAGAUGAUAGCAUUGGAUUGUUGUCAAGCUUAACAGAGUUGAGCAUUAAGCAUAAUUCCUUGGAAGGGGUCAUAUCUGAAAAUCAUUUCUUGAGACUCUCUCAACUAUUCGUCUUAGACUUCUCUUUCAAUCAUUUUAUUUUUCAAAUAAGUCCUGACUGGGUUCCCCCUUUCCGGUUAGCAUACAUUUUGUUAGCAUCAUGUAAGUUGGGCCCCGACUUUCCGAUGUGGCUUCAAACCCAAACAUCAUGUGUUGAUUUAGAUAUUUCAAGUGCUGAAAUUUCUGGAACAAUUCCAAGUUGGUUUUGGAAUUUGCCAUUUAAAUUGUUGAACAUUUCACACAACCAAUUUACCGGUGAAAUUCCAGAUUUUCAAUUCUCAUAUGCUUUUCAUAUGGAUUUCAGCUCAAAUUUGUUUGAAGGCUCCAUUCCAUCAACUCUAUCAUAUAUAAAAAUAACCUUGUAUCUAUCCAACAACAAGUUUACUGAUGCAAGCUCCAUUUUAUGUCCGAAGAUGACCACAUUAUUACAUGUUUUAGAUCUUUCAAACAAUCAAUUAUUUGGAACACUUCCAGAUUGUUGGACACAUUUUGAAUCAUUGGUUGUUCUUAAUGUUGCAAAUAAUAGUCUUUUUGGAAAACUUCCAACAUCAAUGGGGUCCUUAAGAAAUCUCCAAGCAUUACAUUUGGGUUAUAAUAGAUUCACAGGUGAACUACCUUCGUUUUUGAAUGGAUGCACGGAGCUAACAACUUUUGAUAUUGUCCAAAAUAACUUUUCGGGAUCAAUACCAAGUUGGAUUGGCAGUGAAUUUCAGAAGUUGCGUGUUCUGAUUUUGAGAUCUAAUAUGUUUUCUGGGACCUUGCCCUCUACUAUUUGUCAUCUAUUUCAAGUUCAAAUCCUAGAUCUCUCUGUGAACAAUAUUUCUGGAAGUUUGCCAAAAUGCCUCAAUCAUCUUUCUGCUCUAGCUAAUAGAACAAAUUCUGAUGCAACCAUCAUCUAUUAUCUUCCAUUCUCUAUCUACGAUCGGGACUCCAUUUUUGUCGUAGAUAUUGCAUCAUUGAUAUGGAAAGGUAGGGAGUCCAAAUACCAAAACAUAUUGGGAUUGGUUAAAAGUAUUGAUGUAUCUAGAAACAUGCUAACAGGAGAAAUUCCUAGUGAGUUGAUGGAUCUCGUGGGAUUAGUUUCCUUAAACAUUUCAGCAAAUAUGAUCAGUGGACAAAUCCCUACAGCUAUUGGACAAUUGAAAUCAUUGGACUUUCUUGAUCUAUCAAGGAAUCACUUAUUUGGAAGAAUUCCUUCGGAACUUUCACAAAUAGAUCGUCUCAGUGUGAUGAACUUAUCAUACAACAAUUUAUCUGGAGAAAUUCCAAUCGGCACUCAACUUCAAUCCUUUGAUCCCUCUGCUUAUGUGGGAAAUGUAGGACUCUGUGGCGCUCCCCUUCCAAAAUGUCCCAAAAAGCCAACACAAGAUAAUCAAGAUGAUGGAAAUUCCAAAGAUGAUGAACAAUUCUUCAAUCAAGGUUUUUAUAUUAGUUUGUCACUUGGAUUCAGUACAGGAUUUUCAGGGGUUUGCAGCUUACUAAUUCUCAACAAAUCAUGGAGAUAUGCUUAUUUUAAAUUAAUGAAUGAUGCGUAUGACAAAGUGUAUGUGGUGGUUGCUAUAAACAUGGCCAAAUUGCGCAGAUGGAAUGCUAGAUUUUCAACUUAGAAGUUGUUGCAUGGAGGAGCUGCUGCGCCUGAUGAUCUGCUUCUUCGAUCGUCUGUAGUUUGAAUUAUAUUAGAAAUAAGGUAUUUGCCUUAUCGAUUGAAUGUUUUUGCUUUACGUGGUUACGUUGAUUAGGGGAAUAAUUGUUGGAGCUUUAAUUUUGGAGUUUAGUUUGCACAAUAACUGAUGUCCAGUAAAAUAAUUGAACAUUAUUUGUAUUUUGGAGGUCACUUUAUUAUAAGCAUGAGCUUUUCUGAGA